AAUGGCUUAAGUUCUUUCUGAGUUCCCAGGCUCUUUCUGCUGUGUGUAUGCGAAGUAUCAUACAUAUUUGAAAGCACUUUUUGCUCUUAGCUUUGGGGAAAAUUAGUAAUGUCAGAUUUUUCUCUUAUCUGUUUAAAACGUACUUCAUUCACACUGUAGGCCAGCACUAAAAGGCUUAGUGUGAAGAAUCCACUUGAAAUAGGACCAGAAAACUCUUUUACUAGUAAGUGGUGUCUGGAGAAAAGGAAUUCCUUAAUUCACCCAACUGGGAGUCAUUAACUAUUACUAAAAAAAAUGAGUGGUGGAUUGGCCCCAAGUAAAAGUACAGUGUAUGUAUCCAACUUGCCCUUUUCCCUGACCAACAAUGACUUAUACCGGAUAUUUUCCAAGUAUGGCAAAGUUGUAAAGGUUACUAUAAUGAAAGAUAAAGAUACCAGGAAGAGUAAAGGUGUUGCAUUUAUUUUGUUUCUGGAUAAAGACUCUGCACAAAAUUGUACCAGGGCAAUAAACAACAAACAGUUAUUUGGUAGAGUGAUAAAAGCAAGCAUUGCUAUUGACAAUGGAAGAGCAGCUGAGUUCAUCCGAAGACGAAACUACUUUGAUAAAUCUAAGUGUUAUGAAUGUGGGGAAAGUGGACACUUAAGUUAUGCCUGUCCUAAAAAUAUGCUUGGAGAACGUGAACCUCCAAAGAAGAAAGAGAAAAAGAAAAAAAAGAAAAUUCCUGAACCAGAAGAAGAAAUUGAAGAAGUACAAGAAAGUGAAGAUGAAGGAGAAGAUCCUGCUCUUGACAGCCUCAGUCAGGCCAUAGCUUUCCAGCAAGCCAGAAUUGAAGAAGAACAAAGAAAGUGGAAACCCAGUUCAGAGGGUCCCUCAACCUCUGAUGAUUCAAGACGCCCAAGGAUAAAGAAAAGCGCAUAUUUCAGUGAUGAAGAAGAACUUAGCGAUUAAAAUUAUAUUUAUUAUGUAAAUAUUAAAAAAAAUGUUUUUAAUCUUA